GCCAUGACUGGUCACACUGUUCGAUAGGCAAAACCGGCACCGAUUUCUGCAAACAAAAAAUUUACCGCGUUUUUAUAUAUUUAUAUCUUGUUUUGCUGCGUUCAAUAGAAAGAAACACCAAAAAUGGAUGGCAUGACCGAGGACAUGUGGACGCCGUACAAGCAUCUCUACAGCACACUGCAACAGGCGAUUGCCCAGCCAAAGGAACUCAUUGGCGAACUGGAGCAGUGCCUCAAGAAGUACAAGCAGAACUUUUCCAAUUUUCUACGCAAUCCGCCAAAGAAUGAGAAAAGUCGCAAUCAGCUGAGGGCCGGCAUCAGCGAGGGCAUACCACUGGGCGCCCAGGGCCAUAAGCUGUUGCUCUCGCAGGACCUGAUCGAUGAGGCCAUCAUAUUGUCGGACAUGUUCGAUCUGGAUGAGCUGUUUGCCGUUGAGCUGCUGUACACCGCCCAGCGGCAGCAGAUGCAUCAUCCGGGACUGCCGCGUGGCCUCGUUGCCGUCCUGCUGUACUACGAUGGCCGCAAGGCCAUGGCCUGUGCCCUGCGCGACAUGAUGCAAACAAUCAGCGGCGUGUCCUGGGUGACAGAGCUGCCCAGAGAGUUUCUUUCGUUGGUGAAUAAUUACGUGCAGAAUCUGACGGAGGAAUCGAAUUUGUUGGGCCGCCUGCUGGACAUACUCACCGAAAUGGAUGUGGUCAAGGAGAACCUCAUGCUGACAAAAAAUCGCGCCUUUGGCUCCACCAAGCAUCAGAAUCAAGUGCUGGCCCUGUACGAGGACAUCCGCAAGGCUGUGGCCAUGAGCCUCUUCAAUUAUUCGGCCCAACGUGGCCUGCCACGGGCCAAGGCCAUACGCCUCAUGAAAAUGCUCGCCGGCUGCAAAGGCAACGAGAACAGCGCUGGCGGCAACAUCGAUGAUGUGACCGUGAUUAUGCUCAUGGCGCUGCUGUACUCGUACGACACGUCCGUGCUGCUGGGCACGGAUGCGGUUAAUCCGUACACUGCCCGCCUGCCCAUUAUGUGGGAUGCAGAGUUUGCCAAGAGCUUCCACGAGGCACUGUGCGCGCAGGCCAAGUGGCAGACGCCACGCCUGGAUGCCAUCAUCAAGUACAGCUUCGCUCUGGCAUUGGCCAGCCUGCGGCAUGCGCCCAGCCAGCUGCAGGCACCGGCCAGUGCGCUAAUAUCGCGCGAUGAGCAGCUCAUGGACGAGGCACUCGCCGCCAAUGUCUUUGGCUUCAUCUAUCGCCAGUUGCUGGAGAAUGAAAUGAUUUACAACACGGAGUUCAUUUAUCGGCGGGCGCAUCUCUUGAUCACCGACUUCAUUGACUUUAUGCACGCCAAGGUGGCAGAGCUGCGCAAUCGAGCGGACGAGUCGGCGCGCACGGUGAUCAGUUUCCUGAAUGAAGGCCUCGAGCCGCCGCCAAAUGUCGAUGCCAACUUUGAGCUGCUAAUGCUGUGCGUGGCCCGUCUCUAUGGCGAUCGCCGCGCCAGCCACAGUCUGUGCAAUGAGUACUGGGGAGCCAGCGAGACGGCGGUCAUAACAGCACCCAACAGCAGCAACCACGCUGACAAUGCCGGCGACGACGGCAACCUCUUUGCAUUCACAAACAGCUCACGGGCCGUGUCCCUGUUCAAGUUCAUUUCGCUGGCCAGCGAGCUGCUGCCCCAAACGCUGUUCAAGUCGUAUCUGAAAAUGAUAACGGGCCUCACGCGCACCGAACUGGCGGCACGCAGCGCCUUCAAUCUGCUCAAGAACACACCAGCGACGGCGUCCAGCUACUCCAUGGGCUGGGAUCAUUUCUUUCAGGCACUGGCCAGCUACUACAGAAACAUGCGAACGGAUGCCUCGUGCGUCAUAGUCGCUGGAAAUGUCUACACGAAUGGCGAGCAUUUCAUGCGGCGCGCCCUGCAGCCGCGGAACAUAACUCAACGCGAAACGGAGCAUCUGGUGGCUGUGAUGGGCAUCAUGCGUGCGGUGGCCGAGCAUGAUCGUGUGUCGCGCGUGAUGAUGUGCGAUCAGGCCAGCUGGCAGGCGCCGCAGGUGCUGCUCGGACUGGUGGCAUGCGCCACACCGCUGGUGCUCAAGGCGGAGAUUAUGUUCACGCUCGCCGCGCUGGCGAAGUCCAAGGAAACGGCGCGUGCCAUUUGGUUUCAGCUGGAGGACUCACAGAUUAUACCCACGCUGGGACUGGGACUGGGACUGGCAGUGGGACAGGGUCAGGGCCAGGGCCCCAGCCAGAGCCAGUGCAGCCUGGCGGAGGAGAUAGAGCAGAACGAGAGCCGCCUGGAGUCGUACAAUCUGAGUCGCGGCGUGCUGCAGCUGCUGCACACUCUCAUGACCACCCAUAUGCCGCGCAGCGUGGGCGCCGGUGCCCGACAGCCCGGCUACGAUCCGUACUUGAAUUUCCUCAUGGACUCCAUAAUCCUCAAGUUCUACAAUCGCUCGUACAAGGAUGCCAGCGAGAUGUGGGAGGUGGGCGCCAAGGGGCUGAAGCUUUUGUUCUAUCUCCUCGCCACGUACCGCCCCAAGGCCAUGGACUUUGUGGAGCUGCGCGACGAGCAUCCCUAUCCGGGCUACCACGUGAUGCUGCAGCUGCAGGUCAAGUCGGAUCUGUUGUGCCUGCUGUUGCGCAUCAUUGAGGACGCGCGCGAGCGGCUGGAUGAGUACAGGCGCUUCCGCGGCAAGGAGCAGCUGGAGGAGUGCGCGCUGUAUGCCCUGCUGCUGCUCGAGGUGGCGCUGGCCAAGCAGAAUGCCUUCUUCGAGGCCCACUCAGCUGCCAAUAGUCCGAUCUUGUUGUCCGGCCUCAAUCGCAUGCUCCUGGACUUUAAUCCGCGCACGCGACGGCCCGACUAUGUGCUGAAAAUCAUCAAAUUUGUCACGUACAACAGUUGGCUGCCGCGCCACGCGCUGGCGGCCAUCAAGAUACUGAGCGCGGUGACCAUGCUGCCGAAUGUCGCCUCACAGAUCCUCAACAUGUACAGCCUCGGCAGCAGCGAGAAGCUGGAGGUGCGUCAGGGCUUUGUCGAGUGCCUCGAGAUGGACGCACGCCUCUCCCAGCAGCACGAGAAGCUGCUCGAUGCGAUUGUGCUCAACGAUUAUCAGGCGAUGGGCGAUGUGCUCAACCAUGGCGGACAGCAGCCGCCGAGCGUUGACCUCACGGACACCGAAUCGGAGCCAGAGAUGACAGCCGCCGAUGCGGCUGACAGGACACUCGGCCCCUGCUACGAGGUGGUGGCGCUCAACGAGAAAAUACCCAUGGGCAUUGAUCUGCAGAUCAAGGCGGCCGUCGUGCAGCUCUUCGGCCUCAACAUAUGCCAGGCGCCGCCAAAUUUUGUCUACUUUCUGCUGGGCAUCGAUGUGCUCAGAGAUUUUAUGGCACGCGACAAGCAGCAGAUUGGCAUCGAGAUGCAGUGCUGCUGUGUUCAUUCCCUGGUGCUGGUGCUCGAAAAGUAUCUCGAGAGUCAGCGACACGGCCAGGAGGAAUAUUGCCCGCACACAGCGCACUUGGUGGAGAGCAUUUAUCAGUUGUUCGAGGGCUUGUGCUCGAACCGACGCACUUCGGAGACCAUUUUGCGCUUCUUUCGCCUCACCUGCAACGACUUUUUGCUGCGCCACCUGAGCGCCAUGCCGUUCCGACGCUAUCGCGAGGAUCAUCUGAUGCACGCCAUGAGCCAUUUGCUCAAUUGUGUGGCCGUGGAGGUGCGUCUGGCGGCCAACCAUGGACAGAUGACGCGCUACAAUCUGCUGUGCGACAUUCUGCUGCUGGGCGGGCAGUCGGAGGGGCAGCGCACGAGCGCGGGCAUGCCGCAGGACCUGAACAACAGCAUGCUGAGUGCUGGCACAGCAUCGGCCAGCUUCUUCGGCAUGGAAAUGGGCCCCGCGACGGCGGCCACGUCGGUCACGCUGCCCGACAAGACCCAGGGACUGCAUGCGAAUCGUCUGCUGGAGUGUCUGGUGCUGGAGGAGACCACAACGACGGCGCCACAGCCGCAGCUGGAGUUCUUCGAUCCGAUGCUGACGAAAAAGCUGCUCAAGGAGUGCGAGUCCCGCCCGCGACCGAGUCCGGGCAGUGUGGCCGCCAGCAGCUCCUACAUGAUGAUAAAUGUGCGCAAGCUGCACGACAUUCUGCACGAUGAGCUGCGCAUGGUGCAGAGCACCAUUGCCACGGGACAGCUGAAGGCGAUCAGUGGAGAGAUAACGCUGCUGCUGCAAUAUGCCGUCGAGGUGAAUCGUGUGCGCACGCAGCGCUUCUCCACGCUCAAGUUCGUCGAUGCCUGGUGCCAGCUGGUGCAGAUAUUGUUCAGCAGCAUGCCCGAGGCACUGCUGCCGCCGGCACUGCGGCGUCAGUACAUCAUUGACAUCAUCGAGAAGAUGCUGCUGAAGGUGGAGCCCGUGCAGCCGCUCAUCGAGAUCUCCAUACAGAUCACCGAAACGAUUCUGCUGCUGCUGGCCAAUUUGCGCAUUUGCUACUAUCAGCUGGAGGAUCAGCGCGCCGGCGACGAUGGCGAUGGCUGCGGCGGCGGCGGCGGCGGCAACGACACACAGUCCAAGAUCUUUGGCAUGCUGACGGGCAACUCGAGCAAUCUGCGCUUCAUCCUGAAGCGCAUUGUCGAGUGGAUUAUGGUGAGCGGCGUCAAGUCACAGAAGCUGCGCAUCAAUCUCUACACCGCGCUGCUCAAUUGUCUGCGCAUUGUGAAGCGUCUGCGCACCGACGAGGAGGUGGACUUUCAUGAGAGCGUUGCCUCACGCCUGGAGCACUCCAAGCAGCAUGUCAACGAUCAGCGUCAGGAGCAGGACAAGGAUCGCCUCAAGGAGAUGGCCUCGGAGGUGAUUGGCGUUUAUGGCGAGAAGCUUAUCGAUUCCAUCUGCCACGAUGCAGUCACCGGACACGAUGUCUGCCGCAUGCUGGCCCUGGCCUGCCUCGAGAUGAUCUCCGAACUGGAUGCGGUCAGCACUCUCACCGAAUUCGUCGUCUCUCGCGGCUAUCUGAAGCUUCUGCUGGACAGUUUGGCCGAUUCGAAUGAUGCGCUCAGCGCCACACUGCAGCCGGUGCCCGAGAAUCUGCGGCAGUUGUACGUGUACGAGGCGCGUUUGGCCUUCCUCACGCGCCUGUCGCAGACACAGCCGGGCGCACGCCUGCUGCUCGCCGAGGGCGCUCUGGGUGUGCUCUCCAAUAUGCGUGUGUUUGAUCUGCAGCCGGACUUGAAGGCCAGCGAAUUGCGCCCGGAUGCGCAGGGCUUUCUGCCGGACACAUCCGAACGCUUUCAUGCCAUACUGCAGCCGGCGUUGGUCCUCUGCGAUGGCAUUGUCAGCAGCCUCGGCUCACAGAACAAUUCGGCGGCGCUGCAGGUGCUCAACUUUCUGUUUUCCCACAUCGAUAUGGUCGAGACGAUGCUGCGCACGGCCACCCCGCUGAUGGAUUUGGGGCAUCUGCAGCAGCUGGCCUCGAUCACAAAUCUCUUCUCGCGCACCUCCACGCCCGAACUGUGCACCGAGAUGGAUGAUAGCCAGGAGGUGGAGCGGCAUCUGGACAAGAAUCUGGCCAGCGAUUGCAGCAGCUUCGAGAGCUACGACGAGCUGGAGAUGCAGGCCGUCGUCCAGCAGUCCACCAAGAUGAUGCCACACAAAACGGAUGUGCACAUCAAGAAGGAGCCCAAGGAGACCAAGGAAUCGCUGCGAGAGCGUGAGCGGGAACGUGAGCGCGAACGUGAGCGCGAGCGAGAGCUGAAGGAGUCUUCGCUGAAGGACAAGGUGCCGCCCAGCAGUCACAUCCUCAUCGAGGAGAGCAACGACUCCAAGUACUCGAAGGAGACCAAGGAGACGAACACGGACACCACCACAACAACCAGCAGCAGCGGCGGCGGCGGCGGCACAACCACCAGCGGCGGCGGCUACCGUGACUCGAGCAGCACCAAGGAUGCCAAGGACUGCAGCCGACCCACCUCCUCCAGCGUUGUCAUUGUCCAGGACACAGAUGUCACCAUCACCGGCGUCUACGUAAAUGCCAGCAAUGGUGCCGCCCAAGAGGCCUACUGCAAAAUGCAAUACCGUGUGCAGUCCAGCGUCACCGAGGAGCGCGUCCUGCGGCCCGGCUCCGUGGAGCCACCAAAAUCUUAUACGCCAUUGAGUGCGCUCUCCAGCAUGCUGCCGCCCGGCGCCAGCUCUGGCCUCAGCGAGGCUCAUAGCUCGCCGCCGCUGGCGAUUCAACCGCCAGCACCGCAUGUCCUGCUGCCCGGCGAACAUUUGAGUGCUGGCAUGUACCAUGCCCCCGACUUGGGGCUACACACGGAGCAUGCCGUGCCCGAGCAUCAUGGCCCACCGCCGCCCUCGUACGCCGCCGCUGCAGCAGCGGCCGCGGCAGCCGCCGCCUACCAUGCCCACCAGCUGGGUCCGGGAGGUGCUGGCGGCAUGCUGCACAUGCAUCACCAGCAUCAGUAUGCCGCACAUGCAGCGCACGCCCAUCACUACCAGCAGGCGGCCGAGUAUGGCCACGGACCGCCACCGCCACCGCAUCACUACGGAGGACCACCGCCGCCCCAGGUGCCACAUUAUGGGCCACCGCCAACUGGGGCGCCACUGCCAGUGCCCGUGCCGGUGCCAGUGCCGGUGCCAGUGCCCGUCGCCGUGCCAGUGCCGCCCGAUCGAUGUGAUGUUGGCUCGCCGCCGCCCUCGUAUCGGGCCAGUGCCUAUCCCCCGCCGCAAUCGGGUAUUGUGCCACCACCGACAAUAGGCGGCGGAUCGAGCGCCUUCUGUGCCCCGAAUCCCCAUCACCAUCAUCAGCAUCACAGCCAGCAACAAGGACCGCCGCAUCAUCACGAUCCCAGUGGCUACUAUCAGCCGGCUGGACCGCUGAUCUCGCCCCAUGUGAUUGCGGGCGGACCACCGCCACCACCGACCCAGCAGCAGCAGCAACAGCAGCAGCAGCAGCAACAACAGCAUUUGCUCAAGAAGCUGCAGGAAGAAGAGUCGAGCUCCGGCUCACCCACGCAGCUGCAGCAAUUGCAGUUGCAGCAGCAGCAGCAGCAGCAGGCAGCGGAGGCUGCUGAGCAAGCGGCGGCAGCGGCAGCGGCAUCCCAGUCGCAGCAUCAGCCGCCACAUCAGCCACAGGCGCAGCAUCUGCUGCAGCAGCAUCAUCAGCAUCAGCAGCAGCAACAGCAGCAGCAGCAGCAACCGCCGCAACCUCAGCCGUACCCGGCCAGUGCCGUGGCAGCCGCUGCCGCAGCGGCUGCUGGCCAUCCGGGCGUGCCCUAUUCCCGCUCAAUGCACGCGGCUCAGAUGCACUACACGACGGCCUAUCCGCCAAACUACUAUUCGCCGUAUCCGGGCGAGGUCAUGUGCUAUUCGCCGCCCGCCUAUCAGCCCUACUUCACCAGCAAGGUCUACCAGACGGGUCCGCCGCCGCCGGGACACCAUCCCGCUGUGCACCAGCCACCGCCACCGCCGCCAGGCGCCUACCGACGCUAUCCAUACUACCAGCACGCAGGGCCACCGCAUCCGCCCACACACCCAGAGCUGUACGAGCAGCAGCAGCAGCAGCAGCAACAGCAGCAGCAGCCACCGCCGCCGCCGUCACAAGCAGCAGCCGCUGCCCAAGCGGCCAGUCCGCAGCAGCAGCAACCCCAGCCGCAGCAGGGCACGUCAGUGGGAGGAGUGGGAGUGGGUCCAGCAGGCAGUCAACUGGUGCCCGCACAUCACCAUCACCAUCAGCAGCAGCUCCAGCAGCAGCAGCAGCAGCAACAUCAGCAGCAGCAGCAGCAGCAGUUGCAACAGCCGCAGCCACAUCAGCCGCCGCAUCUGGAACAUUAUCCGGGCCCACCGAGCUACUACGCCGGCUACAGUCCGGGCGGAGCAGGGAGUGCCGCCGGACAGUGCUAUACACGCGGCCUACAGGGACCGUAUAUGGACUAUCCGCCGCAGUGUCCGUGCCCAAUGCAACAAUCGUGUCCAAAAAACGUCCAUACUGGGCCUCAUAUUGGUAGCAACAUCAGCAGCAACAACAUCAGCCAACAGAACAGCAGCAGCAGCCACAAGACAGCCAGCAGCAGCAGCAGCAGCAGCAGCAGCAGCAGUGCCAUGUUGCCGGGUGCCAUGAGCAGCAGCAGCAGCCAGAGCACCGCUGCCCCAACAGCAGCAGCGACAGCAACAUCGUUGAAUACCAGUAGAGGCCCAGUGAAAAAUGCCAACAAAAACACCACGAACAACAGCAGCAGCAGCAGCAGCAGCGGCAGCAGCAGGAGCAAGAGCAACACUGAGACAUUGACGACAAAUACGCGAGCAACAGCAGCAACAAACACGGAGGAGUUGCGUGCCACAGCAGCAACCAAUACAGAAGAGUUGCGGGCAAAGGCAGCGGCCACACGUGCCACAGAGACGCAAACGGGCAGGGACGUGGAUGUGGCCGUUGCCACAGCAGCGACAACCAACAAUAUGGGAACGCAGUGCCAAAUGCUGGCAGUGAAGACGGAGCUGAAGAGCGAUCCGCAGGUGACGCAGAAGAUGCAGUAUGAGGCGCAUGUGAUGCCACCGCCCACGCCGCCCGAGAGCUACUGUGCCAGCGAUGACAAGCUGCUGGAGGAUCAGGAUCAGGAGGCGGAAAUGGAGCUGGUCCUGGGCAUGGGCAUGGGCCUCGGCAUGGGCAUGGGCAUGGGUCUGGGCCUGACCCUUGAGAAGGGUCACACUCACAACGAGCAGCACAUUGAGGCGUAUGAUCUGACCUCUAGCACACCACCACCAGCGCCAGCAGGAACAGCAGCAGUAGCAGGAGCCGCAGCACCUGCCAAAGGAGCAUCAGCAGGCGGUGUUGGUGCGCCGCGCAAGGCGAGGAUCGGCAAGAGCAUGGCCAGAGAGAUGGUUUUCGCAGCACAGCAGCAGCAGCAGCAGCAGCAGCAGCAGCAGCAACAGGAACAGCUGAAGCAGCAGCAGCAGCAGCAGCAGCAGCAGGAGCUCCAGCAGCAGCAGGAGGAGAAAAAGAAACAGCAGCUGGAAUUGGAAUUGGAUUUGGAGCAGGAGAAGCAUGCGGGAGCACAGCCAGAGUUGCCUUUUGUACUUAAAGCGGAAAUCAAAGCAGAGACCAAAAUCAAAAUCGAGCAGGAGCAGGAGCAGGAGGAGGGACGUCUGGCGAGCAGCAGCAGCAGCGGCGGCGGCGGCGGCGGCAGCAGCAAACCAUCACAUAUCAGCCAACUGCCAGAUCUGAAGCCAACAAUCAAAACGGAGCCAGAAGCGGAACCCAAACCCGAACCCGUAGCCGAAGCCGAAGCAGAAACCGAAGCACAACAGACAGAGGCUGCAGCAGAGGUUCCAGCAGAGGCACCGGCACCGGCAGCCAGCAAGCAGCGCAUCAAUCUGCUUGCCUCAUCGACAUCCUCCGCCGCAGGUGCAGCUGCCUCGGGCAAGGCCCCCAAGACGCACCACAGCUACAAGAGCCUGAUCAAGCAGGCCGAACCGCGCAAUUACUUGUGUCCGGGCAGGACGUUUGUGCGCCGCCUCGGCCGAGCACCGGCCAAGUAUGCCAAGCGGCGGCAAUUGCUGCUCGCACAGCGCCAGCAGCAAAGGAUCCGUGCCCAGAGGCGCGAGCAGCUGAAGCAGCAACGCCAAGAGCGUCAGCAACAGCUACGCGAGGAAGAGGCAGCUGCCACAGCUCAGACAGCAGACGAUGCAACAGACACAACUGACGCAGCAGCAGCAGCAGCAGGAGGAGCAGCAGGAGCUGGCUCCUCUGGCCAGGAGGAAAGUCUGACCAAAAAUGUGACCAGCGGCUCUUCGCCCAAGCGGGCACGGCCACGGAAGCAGGAGAUUGCCGCCCUGCAUCUGCUGGAAGGUCUGGACACGUCGCACAGUCGUGGAUACUUCAGUGAUCCCGAACUGAACAGCUGUCGCAGUCAGGUGCAGGGGAAAGUGGGUGCUGGUGGCGGUGGCAGUGGCAGUGCCGGUAUCUAUGCCGCACCCUCACCGCUGUUGGCCACACAUCCUGUGCCCCAGGCCCCGGCCGAGAAGCGUUCCAAGUCGGAGACCAAAAAGCCGCUGCCAUCAUCCACGGAACAGCCACCGGCAAAGAAACUGAAGAAACAGGGCAACAUCAAGGCCAAAGCGAAGGGCAAAAAGGUGACAGCAGCAGCAGCAGCAGCAGCAGCAGCAGAAGAAGCUGCAACUGGAGCUGGAGCAGUCGAGGAAAGCGCAACAGUAGCGGCAUCCUCCACAGCAGCGGCAGCAGCGUCUACAGCGUCGCCUGCAUCGGCAGAGACAAAUAACAACGAGUACCAGACGGCGGAUUUGCAAGCACAGAAGCUGCAACAGCAGCAGCAACAUUCCGAGGAGCAACACAAGUUCCUGGUGCCGACAGCAGCAGCAACAGCCGCAGCCGCAGCAGCCACCACCGUUACGCCCGCGUCCACAUCUGGAAGUACAUCCACAAGCACAGCCACAGCCACAACACGCCAAAGUCAACACACGACGCACACGAAGCGUGCGCGAUCCCGAUGCAAAUUUGGGAAUCGUAAGCGCCAAAAGCAUCGACCGGGUGGAGUUAGCUACGAGCUGGAUGAGACACAGCCGCCGGCAACGAAGGCGAAUGUGGUGCCCAAGUGGAACAAUGGCUGGAUGUGGGCGGGCAAGGCCUUCCAGGGCGCCGUAUUUCUGAAUAGCGAUGAUCCGUUGGUGUUGCGCACCUGCUAUCCGGCAAUGCGACAUGUGGAGGGUGACAUAAUACGCACACGGGACUGUGUCCUGCUCAAGGCCAACGAGGACAAUGAGCUGCCGUAUGUGGCCAAGGUGGCGCAUCUCUGGCAGAAUCCGGAAGAUGGUGAAAUGAUGAUGUCCUUGCUGUGGUACUAUCGGCCAGAGCAUACGGACCAGGGGCGGCAGCGCAACGAUUGCCCAGACGAGGUGUAUGCCUCACGGCAUCGCGAUCACAAUUCGGUGGCCUGCAUUGAGGACAAGUGCUAUGUGCUUACCUUCAGCGAGUAUUGCAGAUAUCGUCGCCGCCUGCGUGCCGCCGAGGAGGAUGUGGAGGAUGUCAGCAUUGUGCCGCGUCGGCCGUGCAGCAAUGCGACGGCCAGCGCAGCCGCCACCAGCACCAGCACCACAACCACCGCCAUUGUCAAUUGUUAUCCAGUGCGUACAGUGCCGGAGCACACGAAUCCGGAGCUUGUCAUGUUCUGUCGCCGUGCGUACGAGUUUCGGACACGCCGCCUGCUGAAGCUGCCACAAAAGAGUGCGCUUGCCGCAUGCAGCCACAGCUAGCGCAAGGCUGGCACUAGCUAAUCGAUCCUUAGCAUACACUUAAGCCUCGUCCUAAGCACACACGAGGAGGAUACCAAUUGUUUUUUUGGUAUACAAAACAUUAGCAUAAAUUUGGAUAAAGUGAAGGAGGCGGAGCGGCGAGUAGAUUGCCCCUGACAGAGGCCCAUUGCGGAGGAGAGAUUUGAGAGAGUUGAAAAUUGUUUUGAUCAGUCUACAGUUUACAGUAUUGUUAAAGAUAUUUUUUUGGGUCUCCAUUGUUGAAAGAUAUCUGCCAUCUGUAGGGGGGAAGACAUCUGUAUCUGUAUCUGUAUCUCAAGGCAGCAAUUCAUGUACCGCCCAAGCGACUGUAUUCGUUGUUCCUAUCCCAAACUGUGCGCGGAUCGCGGCUUAUGGCAAUUGCUGUCUGAUGUUUGCCCCCAAUCAAACGUAUAUAUACACUAUGCAUGCCUCUGUCGGGGCAGGACAUGCACACACACACACACACACACACACAUACAUGACCAAAAUGUAGGCAAAAGCUUACAGCUGAUGUGAGAAGGUAGGAAGGCAAAACGCGUUAUAGAAUGAGGUAGAGCAAAGAAACUUUAGACCGUGUUAGAGAGCGUUUUAGGAAACAACACAAUAAGUUACAUUUGAUUAUAGAAACUAUUUAUUUUGACUACCCCCAACCUAUACACACACACACACACACGAACAUAUAAAGGCACACACACGCGCACAGAUACUUUGUUAUUAAGUUUUAUAAAUGUAUUUAUUUAUUGUCUUUUUUCGAAUCGAUUUAAUUCAUAUUUCGUUCUAUCUGUUGAUAGUAUUUAAUUCAAUUCUGUAUACGCGUAUCAAGGCAGUGCCGUUCGCUUAUGGGAAUGUGUUGCUAGAGUAUAAGAUGCCAGCUCCUGAUCAUGUCAAGAUUUCUUUCUUUCCUUUUUGUUUUGGUUGUUGAACAAAUUUGUGUACUCAAAAAAUAUUUGAAAUUCUUACGCCCCCCCACCCAUGUACUCUAUCCAUAGGAGCCAUGUACAGCCAAUGCUCAGGCACAAAACAAAACAAACAUUUUGCGCACAGACACAUAAACUAAGUAAUCGAUAGAUCUAUGUGUGGACUUUCGACAUGAGAUUCCCGACUCUGGAAAAAGUGGAAUCCACUUGAUAUCCAUUUUGCUUUGUACCAACCUAUAGUUUUUUUUUUUUUCGUUGUUGUUAGGUUUUGUAAGCGAAUGAAAAACACACCCACACAAAAA